GUUAAAUCGAAAGUAGAAACCAUAUUCAGACAGACGAACUGAAACAGUUAUAUUUGAGCUUUAUAUAGAAAUAAGUUCUUUUUUUUGGGCGUUUUUUCAUUUGUGGCUGUAUCACUUGGUAGUGACACAAUGAGGUGAUGACUCAUUAAUGAUUACCCUGCUGUAAGUGUCUACACUGUCAAACCCACGAUGAGUCGCGUGGAUGCCAAGAUUGUGCUACUUGGAAAGUCGUACGUAGGCAAAACCUGCCUUGUAAAUCGUUACAUACACCACAGAUUUGAUGCGGAAAUACCGUACCAAAAUACUAUAGGAGCAGCUUUCGGAUCUAAGAAGGAAAUGGUGAAUGGAAAACCUCUUAAUUUAGGCAUAUGGGAUACAGCUGGUCAUGAACGGUACGAAUCGAUGACCAGAAUGUACUACCGGAGUGCGGUAGCCUGUAUCCUGUGUUAUGACAUCACAGAUAAAUCCAGCUUCGACCGUAUACGAUUUUGGGCUGGGGAGCUUCAAGCAACUGAACCUGCAUGCCGCAUCUACCUGUGUGGUACAAAGAAGGACAUUGUGGACGACUAUCCCGGCAAACGUCAGGUGGAAAGGUCCACAGCUGAGCCUUUGGCUGAUGAUUUAAGCUCAGAAUUGUUUGAAACCUCAAGUCAGACUGGGGAAAAUAUAGAUGCACUAUUCCACAAAAUAGCUGAGGAUAUUGCCGCAAAACGGGAAGAAGAUGCCAGACGACAUAAAGAAGAGAAAGGGGAUACAUUGAAUCUGUCUGAGGGAGAGAAUCGAUGGAAGUUUCCAGGAUGUUCUCGCUGUAACAGAUCCUGAUGGGCAGGGGGCACAACUCUGCUCCCUAUCUGACAUUUUGUGAUACAGUUCUUUCAUAGUUAUCUCCCAUUAGUUUUUAGCUUUAAUUCAAAUUUUGUUUUACAAUGUUUGUGUAUUGUAAGCGUUUUUGUAACGUAAGUAUGCGCAGAGCUGUGUUAUUUUUUGAAGCUUCACUCUCACAGAUUGACCGUUUUGACAUACUUUUUUUUUGUCUUUUAAUGAGCCAUUUGUUGUCCAAAUGUUUGGAAACUAGUGAUAUAAGACUGCUGGCAGAAGAUUAGAUCUCAUUUUUCAUAGUUAGUUUUGAAAAUUGAUGUUUUAUGGCUAUAAGUGUUACUAUUGCUUUAAAAAAUGAAAUUUUCGGCAGUUUUCCAAACAAGGUCUGAUCUAUAGUGAGUUAUCUGACAUGACUUAAUUGAAGGAAUUGUUGCCAAAGUCAGCUGAUUCUUGGACAAAAAUUAAACAAAAUGUAAAAGCUGUAAAUCUGCGUGAGUGCAGCUGUAAAAACUUCAUGAUGCAAGUCAAUAUGAUUACUAAUUUCAACAGUUUGUUCUCUUCAGUGACAGCCUCUUCGUCUUGUUUUUAUCAAUGUCCUUCUGCAAAAACUCGUACUUGGAAACUAGUCAUAAAUAAUUGUUAGUCAUGGAAACUUGUGAUCACGCGCUCUUGUUGUUUUUACAGCUUCUUAGACCUGGCACCAAUUUCCUAAACAAUUUAGAAACCCCAGGAUCAUGCUAAAAAGUAUGCUAUCUAUUUUUUUGGGUAUAAUUUGUGUAAUGUUCACAUUUUUAAGUGUUCAGAGACUUUGAAAGGAAAUUAUCAUAUGAUUAUCAUGAUGAACUAUUUUUUAUUCUGUAAAAUUAAGUUUAAGUAUGUAUUUUGGCUAAGAGAAAUAUAAUAAUAAGACUUGUUACACUUUUGAUUUUCUUGGGGUCUUUGACAUUCAAUCAAUAGUUCCAAUUCACUCUUCGAGGCCUUAAUGCAAGAUCUUUGUAAUGCCUGCAAUUUCUGUAUUGAGUUGCAACCAUCUUGCAGUGAGCCCACAUCUUACUGAUACACAGGUUAGUGAAAUGAUGGGUUAACAUGAAUAUAUUGACUGUGUAUAUUAUAUGAAUUUUUGUUCUUGAUUUUUAUUUUUAUUAUUUUUAAUUGUACAUAAUAUGUUUUGAAACUUCUGUAAUCCUUUUGAUAAUUAACCAUCAUGGCUUAUCAGUAAAUGCUGAGUGCUAUUAUUCCUUAUGUCAUGGUUAUGUGUUGACUAAAUGUCUAAAAUACAUACCAGUUAUGUUGGCAAUAUCUGGUUUGAUACUUAAAUUUAUUAUACACCCAUCCUAAAUCCAAACUCAAUACAUAUCGCAAAUUACCGUGGUCUGUUUUCAACUCCAGUGCAAUACGGCUGUAUUCCACUUUGAUAUCAGGUCAUAACAAUUAUCAUGGUGCAUUUUUAAAAUGGCGUCAUAAAACAAGAGUGUGUCAUAAUAAUUACAUUUAUUAUGAUAUGUGUUUUUAAUUGAUUGAAACCAGAAAUUUAUAUAAUUUAUAUAAUAAUGAGGUUAUUGCUACUGAGAUUUGAUCAGCAUGUCAAAAUUUGACUCCUAUGGAUUUCUUUGGCAGAUUUUGAUUUCCCUCGGCCAUUGCCGCAUGAAAUCGGAUCUGAAAAAUCAACUGAAGUCAAAUAUGACCUUCCGGAUCAAAACGCAGUAAAAAUAACCAUACAAUAUUAGUUAGAUACACACUUCAGAUCUAUGAAAAUAAACUGCCUUUGCCUCCUGCAAAUUUAUGUAUUUUUCUGUGUUUAUUUUACUAGUUAUUGCUUUAACAUAGAUGUUCAUUUGAAGGUAAUUAUUGCAUAAACAUGUGUCACCAUUUACAUUUUCAAAAUUUACACUUUGUACCUCUUUUAUGAAAUACCACUUCUUUUCAUUUCUUAUCUAUCUCAUUUGUUAUUAAAACAGAGUAAAUGAGCAAUUUUUUGUGUAGAAAACUAUAUAUAUAUAUAUAUAUAUGAAACACCACUGAGGGUCAUAUGACAUUUUAAGGACUUGUCAGUCAGCGCCCGAAUGUGUAUAUUGACCGAGGUGUUAACCAUUGUGAAAAUUGCAAGUGUGUGUGUAAGCUAAUUUAUACUCGCACUCGAGCCUUGCCCAUUCGGCGAGUGCUCUAAUAAGAUUGUUAGUCAUUUUAGGUUGUUGGAUCAUUGUUCACUGACAGAAUGUAACCCUGGGUAAAGCUACCCUAGUUCUUCAAAGUGCACCAGUGUACAACACUGUUACACGAGACUCCAAUUUAACAUUUUUAUUGUGUUUUUUUUAGUGGUGCGGCAGGGAAUCGAACCUGCAACCCCUUGAUUGAUAGUCAUUUACCACUAGAUCAUGGAUCGGUUACUAAAAAUUACAAAGCCAUACCCAGCACUUUUUUUGAUGUCAGUGGUCCAUACUUUUUUUGACUAACCAAAAGUACUAAUUGGACUGCUGACAUCAUAAAACUGGAUUUUUAUUACCGUAAUAUACAUUGAUAUACUGCCAGAUCAACUUAGUAUGUAUAAAGGACACAUUUAUGUAAGGUAUAUUAAUGUAUACACAUACAUGUAGGAAGAGAGGGAGGGAGAGAGGAUAAUUAUAGUUACACGAGUGGUCAUUUAAGAAGUAAUUUAUUGAACGAGUUUUCUAAGACUUAAAAGGGAUAAUUAUAAUUAAAUGAGUGGUUAUUCAGUCCAGAGUUUAUUAAGGAAGUUUUGUGUUUUUUUAAAUUGAUAAAAACGAGCCUUGGGUUCUUUUUAUUAAUUUUAGUAAACAAGUUUAACAACUUUCAUAUUGAAUGACCAUGCUAAUUUGAUGAAUUACAGCUUUAAAUACAUAAAUCGUUUCUAUGUAGUGGGCAUUUGUGCGCUCAUUUUUAACAUUUAAGAAGUCUCAUGGAAAGUUGAUAUAUAUCAAAAUGGCAUUAUUUAUGGUGGUGAAGUCAUUUACUAUAAUAAAAUUAUGUAUUUGUUCUCUAUGGUUUAAUGUUGUAUUGCUGUAUUUUAUCCACAGUGGACUAAAAAUGGACUAGACAACAGAUGUUCCAAGUGCAAGAAAAAAAGAAAGUUGUCAAAAACUUACAAAAAUUGAUAUCGUUGUAUAUAUCUCAUUGAAUCUUACUUACUGAUGUAUCACAUCGCUAACGACACAGCCAUGUAUCUUUCACUGUUUUUGUGUAUUUAUCCCAUUCUUAAUUAACUUGGUUUGUUAACUACAAAAAUACCAGUAAAUUAAAAUAGGGUUGUUAUAUCUAUUCGUACUAUUCACGAGAAUUUCACAUGCUGAGUUUACAGACUAUAAACUAGGAAACCAUUAUGCGCUAUUUUUGAACAGGUAAACUCAGCUGAGACAGUGACAAAAUAUUCUUUUAUUCAUGUAAAGAGAUGUGUUAUCGGCCUCAUACUAGCUCGUAUUGACAAUGCUAGGCUUGUUUUGAGAAACAUCUGGUGUCUAGUCCCUUUAAUCUAUAUAAUUAAGAAAUCAUACUACGUAUGAAAGAUAUGUACCAUGCAUUUUUUGUAGCUUUAAUACCAGCACAUUUGUAAACACAGGUAUUUUUUAAAGGUUGUCAAAGCAAUGUGUAUGUGCCAUUUUGAAUCAUUUUAGAUCUAUCUGUACUUGCUUUAGAUUGGAUUUCCUUGUUAACAUGUACCGGUACACAUAAAGGGUACAUGUAUGAUGUGAUGUUGUGAUUAAAAUUACUGUUACCG